AUGGUGGAAGAGGUGAGAGAUCUCUCUGGGGUCUUGGGUCUCUUUUAUAAGGUCACUAAUCCCAUUGUCUGCACACAUAAACAUUCAGUCUAUAGCAGCAUUAUAUAUAAUUUCCAGCUUGCCUUGUUAACAGUAGAAGAGAGUGGGAUGGAAGCUUUACUUCCAGCUUCUGAAAAGCAGGUUCAAAGAAGGUCCACCAAAAUGAAUGACGUUUUCCUUUCUUCACACAGGUUUUCUUCUACGGUGCCAAGAUCUUUGCCAUUCAACACAUCAGUCAUGUACAAAAAGACUGUGUUUGUAGAGUUUACAGAUGACCUUUUCAACAUUGCCAAGCCCAGGCCACCAUGGAUGGGUCUGCUGGGUCCUACCAUCCGUGCUGAAGUUUAUGACACAGUGGUCAUUAUACUUAAGAACAUGGCUUCUCAUCCUGUCAGUCUUCAUGCUGUUGGUGUAUCCUAUUGGAAAGCUUCUGAAGGUGCUGAAUAUGAGGAUCAGACCAGCCAAAAGGAGAAGGAAGAUGAUAAAGUCAUUCCUGGUGAAAGCCAUACCUAUGUCUGGCAGGUCCUGAAAGAGAACGGUCCAAUGGCCUCUGAUCCACCAUGUCUCACCUACUCAUAUUUUUCUCAUGUGGACCUGGUGAAAGACCUGAAUUCAGGCCUCGUUGGAGCCCUGCUGGUUUGCAAAGAAGGGAGUCUGGCCAAAGAAAGGACACAGACCUUGCAUGAAUUUGUACUACUUUUUGCUGUAUUUGAUGAAGGGAAAAGUUGGCACUCAGAAACAAAUGAGUCUUUGACACAGGCUUUGGAUCCUGCAUCUGCUCAGGCCCAGCAUGAAAUGCACACAGUCAAUGGCUAUAUAAACAGGUCUCUGCCAGGUCUGACUGGAUGUCACAAGAGAUCAGUCUAUUGGCAUGUGAUUGGAAUGGGCACCACCCCCGAAGUGCACUCAAUUUUUCUAGAAGGUCACACAUUUCUUGUGAGGAACCAUCGCCAGGCCUCCUUGGAGAUCUCAUCAGUAACUUUCCUUACUGCUCAGACAUUCCUGAUGGACUUUGGCCAGUUUCUACUGUUUUGUCAUAUCCCUUCCCACCAACAUGGUGGUAUGGAAGCUUAUGUCAAAGUAGAUAGCUGCCCAGAGGAACCCCAACUACGGAUGAAAAAUAAUGAAGAAGAGGAAGAUUAUGGUGAUCUUUAUGACUCUGACAUGGACGUGGUUAGCUUUGAUGAUGACAACUCCUCUCCCUUUAUCCAAAUCCGCUCAGUUGCCAAGAAGCAUCCUAAAACUUGGGUGCACUAUAUUGCUGCUGAAGAGGAGGACUGGGACUAUGCUCCCUCAGGCCCCGCCGCCAAUGAUAGAGGUUAUAAAAAUCUGUAUUUGAACAAUGGGCCUCAGCGGAUUGGUAGGAAGUACAAAAAAGUCCGAUUUAUGGCAUACACAGAUGAAACAUUUAAGACUCGUGAAGCGAUUCAGUAUGAAUCAGGAAUCCUGGGACCUUUACUUUAUGGAGAAGUUGGAGACACACUGUUGAUUAUAUUUAAGAAUCAAGCAAGCCGGCCUUAUAACAUCUACCCUCAUGGAAUCACUGAUGUCAGUCCUUUGCACUCAGGGAGAUUGCCAAAACGUGUGAAACGUUUGAAAGAUAUGCCAAUUCUGCCAGGAGAGGUAUUCAAGUAUAAAUGGACAGUGACUGUAGAAGAUGGGCCGACUAAAUCAGAUCCUCGGUGCCUGACCCGAUAUUACUCAAGCUUCCUUAAUCUGGAGAGAGAUCUAGCUUCAGGACUCAUUGGCCCUCUCCUUAUCUGCUACAAAGAAUCUGUAGAUCAAAGAGGAAACCAGAUGAUGUCAGACAAGAGAAAUGUCAUCCUGUUUUCUGUAUUUGAUGAGAAUCGAAGCUGGUACCUCACAGAGAAUAUGCAGCGCUUCCUCCCCAAUGCAGAUGUAGUGCAGCCCCAUGAUCCAGAGUUUCAAGUCUCUAACAUCAUGCACAGCAUCAAUGGCUAUGUUUUUGACAACUUGCAGCUGUCAGUUUGUUUGCAUGAGGUGGCAUACUGGUACAUUCUAAGUGUUGGAGCACAAACUGACUUCCUGUCUGUCUUCUUCUCUGGAUAUACCUUCAAACACAAAAUGGUCUAUGAAGACACGCUUACCCUAUUCCCAUUCUCAGGAGAAACUGUCUUCAUGUCAAUGGAAAACCCAGGUCUGUGGGUUCUGGGGUGCCACAACUCAGACUUUCGGAACAAAGGCAUGACAGCCUUACUGAAGGUUUCUAGUUGUAACAGGAACAUUGGUGAUUAUUAUGAGGACACAUAUGAAGAUAUUCCAGUUUCCCUGCUGAAUGAAAACAAUGUCAUUGCACCCAGAAGCUUCUCCCAGAAUUCAAGGCACCCUAGCACCAAGCAAAAACAAUUCAAAGCCACCACAACUCCAGAAAAUGACAUAGAGAAGAUUGACCCUCAGUCUGCAGAAAGAACACCGCUGCUUAAAGCACAAAGUGUCUCCUCUAGUGAUUUGUUGAUGCUGCUGGGACAGAAUCCUACUCCACAUGGAUUAUUCUUAUCUGAUCUCCAAGAAGCCACACAUGAAGCUGAUGGUCAUUUACUUGGAGCAGUAGAAGGAAACAAGGGCCCAUCUGAAGUGGCAAGUCUCAGACCAGAGCUCCAUCACAGUGGGGACAGAGUAUUUACUCCUAAGCCAGAAGUGCAAUUAAGAUUAAAUGACAAUUCGGGGACAACUAUAACAGUAGAGUUGAAUAAACUUGAUUUAAAGAUUUCUAGUUCAUCAAACAGUCUAAUGACUUCACCAACAAUUCCAUCAGACAAGUUGGCAGCAGGUCCUGAAAAGACAGAUUCCUUAGAACCCCCAAAUAUGUCAGUUCACUUUAAUAGUCAUUUAGGUACCAUUGUAUUUGGUGAAAAUUCAUCUCACCUUAUUCAGUCUGGUGUACCUUUGGGCUUGAGUGAGGGAGAUAAUGAUUCCAAGUUGUUAGAAGCAGCUUUAAUGAAUAGUCAAGAAAGUUCACUGGGAGAAAAUGUAUUAUCAAUGGAGAGUAAUAGAUUAUUUAAAGAAGAAAGAGUUCAUGGACCUGCUUCAUUAAUCAAAGAUAAUGCUUUAUUCAAAGUUAAUAUCUCUUUGGUAAAGACAAACCAGACAUCAGUUAACUCAACAAUUAAUAGAAAGACUCAUGUUGAUGUCCCAACAUUAUUUUUUGAGAACAGUACAUCAGUCUGGCAAGAUACUAUAUUAGAAAGUAAUACUGAGUUACAAGAAGUGAUUUCUUUGAUUCAUAAUGAAACAUUUAUGGACAGAAAUAUUACAGCUUUGGGGCUAAAUCAUGUGUCAAAUAAAACCACUUCAUCAAAAAAUGUGGAAAUGGCCCACCAAAGAAAAGAAGACCCUGUGCCACUAGGUACAGAAAAUCCAGAUCUAUCCUUCUUCAAGAUACCGUUCUUGCCAGAUUCAGCAAAUUGGAUGAAAAGGACCCAUGGCAAGAACUCCCUAAGCUCUGAGCAAAGGCCCAGUCCAAAGCAAUUAACAUCUUUAGGAUCAGAAAAAUCUGUGAAAGAUCAGAAUUUUUUGUCAGAGGAGAGGGUGGUAUAUACAGUGAUUGGCACUAAGAAUUUCCUGAAGAACCUUUUCUUACUAAGCACUAAGCAAAAUGUAAAAGGUUUAGAUGAGCAGCCAUAUACUCCAAUACUUCAAGACACCAGGUCAUUAAAUGAUUCAGCACAUAGAGAAGGAAUUCACAUGGCCAACUUCUCAAAAAUAAGGGAAGAAGCAAACUUGGAAGGCCUGGGAAAUCAAACAAAGCAAAUGGUAGAGAGAUUUCCAAGCACUACAACGAUGUCUCCUAAUCCAAGUCAGCAUCUUAUCACUCAACGUGGUAAGCGGGCUUUGAAAGAACCCAGACUCUCACUAGAAGAAAUAAAAUUUGAAAGGUGGGUAAUUUUGAAUGACACCUCAACCCAGUGGUCCAAAAACAUGAACUAUUUGACCCAGGGCACCCUCACAAAGAUAGAGUACAAUGAGAAAGAAAAAAGAGCCAUUACUCAGUCCCUCCUAUCAGAUUGUUCUAUGAGGAUUCAUGGCCUUAUUCAAAUGAAUGAUUCUGCAUUACCUAUUGCAAAAGUAUCAGCAUUUCCAUCAAUUAGACAUACAGAUCUGACCAAGAUCCCAUCCCAAGACAACUCCUCUCAUCUUCCAGCAUCAGCCUGUAAUUAUACCUUUAGGGAGAGGAGUUCUAGGGUCCAAGAAAGGAGUCAUUUCUUACAAGAAGCCAAAAGAAAUAACCUUUCUUUAGCCUUCCUAACCUUAGAAAUGAUUGGAGGUCAAGGAAAGUUCAGCUCCAUGGGGAAAAGUGCCACAAACCAACCCCUGUACAAGAAACUUGAAAACACUGUUCUCUUGAAACCAGGCUUGUCUAAAACAUCUGGUAAAGUUGAAGUACUGCCUAAAGUUCAUGUUCAUCAAGACUCUUUACCUAUAAAAACUAGCAAUGAUUCUCCUGGCCACCUGGAUCUCAUGGAAAAGAUCUUUCUUCAGAAAACACAGGGACCUGUUAAAUUGAAUAAAACAAAUAGACGUGGAAAAGUGCCCUUUCUGAAAUGGGCAACAGAAAGCUCUUGGAGGGAGAAGAUUCCCUCCAAGCUGCUGGGUCCCCUUGCUUGGGAUAACCACUCUGCUACCCAGAUACCAAGAGAAGAGUGGAAAUCCCAAAAGAAGUCACAGAAAAACACAGCUUUUAAGAGAAAGGACACCAUUUUGCCCCUGGGCCCUUGUGAAAAUAAUCAUUCAAUAGCAGCAAUAAAUGAAGGACAAGAUAAGCCCCAAAGAGAAGCCACCUGGGCAAAGCAAGGAGGGACUGGAAGGUUGUGCUCUCAAAACCCACCAGUCUCAAAACGCCGUGAAAGGGAAAUAACCCUUAGUACUCUUCAGCCAGAGGAAGACAAAUUUGAGUAUGAUGACACCUUCUCAAUUGAAAUGAAGAGAGAAGAUUUUGACAUCUAUGGUGAAGAUGAAAAUCAGGGCCUCCGCAGCUUUCAAAAGAGAACACGACACUAUUUCAUUGCUGCAGUGGAGCGUCUCUGGGAUUAUGGGUGA